AACAAUGAUGCCCGGUUACAACGACCUCAUUUACUGCCACUGGCGACGCUGCGUGUUCGGAAAGGAUGUCCCAGAAUUUAGACCGUGCCAUUGAGAUCGUGCAGCGCGCGAUCGAGGAGGAUACCAAGCAGAACUACACGGAGGCCUACAAGCAGUACCAGAAUGCACUGGACUACUUCAUGCUCGCGCUGAAAUAUGAGAGGAACGAGAAGUCGAAGCAGCUCAUCCGGUCGAAGGUCGCCGAGUAUCUCGCGCGCGCAGAGGUGCUGAAGGAGCACCUCUCACAGACACAAGAGAAGCGGGCGAAGAAGGCGAUAGGCGUGAAUGGCGGGAGCGGGGGUACGGGCGCGGGCGGGAAGAAGAAGGAUGACGACGAUGAUGUCGACCCGGAGGUGAAGAAGCUACGGGCGGGCCUGGCAGGCGCCAUCAUCACGGAGAAACCAAACGUCAAGUGGGACGACGUCGCCGGGCUGGAGGCUGCAAAGGAGUCGCUGAAGGAGGCGGUCAUCCUGCCGAUCAAGUUCCCGCAUUUGUUCACAGGGAAGCGGACACCAUGGCGCGGUAUUCUUCUGUACGGACCUCCUGGAACGGGAAAGUCAUACCUGGCGAAGGCAGUGGCGACGGAGGCGAAGGGCACGUUCUUCAGUGUCAGCUCGAGUGACCUUGUCAGUAAAUGGCAAGGUGACUCCGAACGAUUGGUCCGGCAACUCUUCGAGAUGGCGCGGGAGAACAAACCUGCCAUCAUUUUCAUAGACGAGGUCGACUCGCUGGCGGGUUCACGAAAUGAGCAGGAGUCCGAGGGCUCAAGGCGGAUCAAGACGGAGUUCCUGGUGCAGAUGAACGGUGUCGGACAUGACGAUACGGGUGUGUUGGUUCUUGGUGCGACCAAUAUCCCAUGGCAACUCGAUAACGCCAUCAAGCGACGGUUCGAGAAGCGCAUCUACAUCCCACUGCCAGGUGUCGAGGCGAGGAGACGAAUGUUCCAGCUACAUGUGGGAGAUACUCCAUGCGAGCUCUCGGCGAAGGACUAUCGACUCCUCGCAGAGAAAACCGAGGGGUACUCUGGUUCCGAUAUAUCCGUCGUCGUUCGCGACGCCCUCAUGCAACCUGUCCGCAAAGUCCUCUCUGCCACUCACUUCAAGCAAGCGCCUUCGCCGACUGACCCGGAUGUCAUCAAAUGGACACCGUGCUCUCCGGGCGAUCCUGAAGCAGUAGAGAAGUCGUGGUCCGAUAUCGAAAGCGAAGAGCUACUAGAGCCGCCGCUGAAAAUAGCAGACUUCUUGAAGUCGCUGGAUAACGUCCGACAAACGGUGACGGCCGACGAUAUCAGGAAGCAUGAUCAAUGGACCAUGGAGUCUGGCAACGAGGGCGCAUAGCGAGAGUCCGGCUUUGGGGUUAUCACAGGUCACAUCUAUCUUUACGCGUUGAGAUGAAAGCAUGCAGUGCAGAGCUAUGUAACAAUAUUGUAAGUUUGCCGCACACAGGACACGGACGAUGACCGUAAUCGAGUGGUUUACCGCUACAAAUUGUACUUCAUUACUAGGGUACUUAUAGGCAGUAAUCUUCCAGGAUGAUAAGCGGUACAUUCGAUCGGCGAUCGCACGUUCUGUCACUUGCAUUGUGCGAGCAACAUAGGCCCGGUGAUGUAUCUUCCGCACGUAUUACAAGGUGGUGUCCCUGAGGUUCUUCACG